AUGGAGGCCUGCAUGUCGGCUGCGGCUACCCCGUCCCUUGUCCUCGUGGACAUGGGAGCACCACUCCAGGAAUGUCUGCGGCGGCUGCAUGCGCAGACCGCGCGCGUAGCAGCGACGCUCGCUGCUGAGCAACAGGAGAAGCUGCUCGCUGGCACGGCAGCGCCGUCGGCGGCGGCGCUCCUCUCCGAGUUCCGCGCAGCGGCCUCCGACACCCUCAACAGUCACGACAACGACACCGCGCAGCUCCGCCGCCACAUCGCGCUGAAGCUGCAGCGGCUACGGAAAGAGCGGUAUAUUGACCUGUGCGCCCCCACUGCGUUCCCCGACGAAGUCGACGACUUGGCGGCUGCACGCCCAACAAUGCCGGCAGAGGCAAAGGCGCGGCGCGAGGCGUUGGGCCAUCAUGUCCAGGCACCCACCCACGCACCUCAGCCGCCACCGCUGUCGGACGACGUGUGGGUGGUGUCAGGCAACGGUGAAGACGAGGACGACAUAUUCGGCUGGGUCACACAGCGUCCCAACGAAUCGCCGCAUCCCGCUUCGGAGCGAACAGAAUCUGCCGCAUCACCUUCGCGCGCCGCGACAGCGGCGGUGGCGGGCAAGACCAGGGUCACGCCAGGCGAGGCGCAUGACGACGAAGGCGCCGCUGACGCGCUGCUGCGCCGCAUCGCGUGCUGUCUCGGGGACGUGGUGGAGUGCAAGUGUCGUCAUGUCGCGACAGUCGAAGGCGUUUAUCAGCAGCUGAUCACACUGCAGCGCUACGCGGAGAGCCUCUUAAACAUGCGCGAGGGCAACGCUGGUAGCACGGCGGACAGCCUCGGCGCGCGGCUGCGUCGCCUCCUCGCCUACCAGCCCUCGCACACCGUCGCCUCAGAGGAGGAGCAGCAGGCCUGGCAACGCGCGUGGAUGGAAAUGGGGUGCAACGCCGCGCCUGCGCUAAAGGUGGGUACAUCUGUCGAGAUGAUCGACGUGGCGGUUCUUGCGCGCACCAACGUGCAGCGCUACGAGGCCCUGCAGCGGCGUUGGCUGGCGGUGCGGCAGGCGUACGAGGCACACGUGGGACAGCUUAACCAGAGACUGGCGCUGGCGGCCCUUCAGCUAGACAAGAUGGAGGCCAUGCCGAAGUCGACGUAG